GUCCGUGGUCACAGCCCAUUCAGGAUGCUGGUGUGAAUGAGCAGUGCAGCAACAUUCUCAACAACAAGCGGUUUAUGCUGGACAUGUUGUAUGCGCAUAACAAAAAGCCCAAGGAUGAAGAGGAGAAGGAGCUGGAGGCGAAAGAGGAAAAGAAGGAGACGGAGGAAAGCGAGGAGUCACUCACUAGUCUAGCCAGUAGGAUCUCCAUCCUUCAGGCCACUAAGCAGGCCAAAGAUGAAAGUGUCAAAAAGAUGGAGAUUGGAAACCUGGACAACCAAGGCAGUGUGAAAGCCUUUGCAGAAAAAUUCAACAGUGGUGAGCUGGCCAAGGGGACAGCCUUGUCUGAAGACGAACAGGUCCCUGAGAAAACACCAGCACAGCCAAAGAAGGAAUCUGACUACAUCUGGGAUCAGCUGAUGGCUAAUCCUAGAGAACUUAAAAUCAAAGACAUGGAUUUUACAGACUUGGGGGAGGAGGAUGAUGUAGAUGUGUUGGACAUGGAUAUGGGUCCUGGGGACUCCCUUGUUCCCCCUCCUCCUCCUCCACCUUCUUUUCUGGGUUUGCCUCCUCCGCCACCUCCCCCACUGUUUGGAUGUCCACCUCCACCUCCACCCUCUGCUAAUUUAUUGGCUCCUCCUCCACUGUUCAGCACUCCUCAGGGUUUAGGGUCACCCCAGGUUUCUAGGGGUCAGCCAGCAUUCAUAAAGAAGAAGAAAACCAUCCGUCUGUUUUGGAAUGAGGUACGGCCGUUUGAGUGGCAGUGUAAAAACAACAAACGCUGCAGAGAAUUCCUGUGGUCGAAACUGGAACCCAUUAAGGUGGACACUUCCAAACUGGAGCAUCUCUUUGAGUCUAAAUCCAAGGAACUGCCUGUCACAAAGAAAGGAAUUAACAAUAGGAAGAUGAGAGCACAGGAAAAGAAUGUCAAGAGGGAAGGCAGCAAUGUUGUCAGUUUUGUUAAUGCUGAUCUUCAUGCUGUUAUCUUUUUUCCAGAAAAACUCUACAAUUCCAAUGGACGGGAGCUGAGACGGGCGCUUUUCUCUUUGAAACAAAUUUUUCAGGAUGACAAGGACUUGGUUCAUGAGUUUGUGGUGGCUGAAGGUCUGACUUGCUUGAUCAAGGUGGGAGCAGAGGCAGACCAGAACUAUCAGAACUACAUCUUGAGAGCUUUGGGCCAAAUCAUGCUGUAUGUCGAUGGUAUGAAUGGAGUAAUAAAUCAUAAUGAAACCAUCCAAUGGCUGUACACUCUUAUUGGGUCGAAGUUUCGCCUGGUAGUAAAGACAGCGCUGAAGCUGCUGUUGGUGUUUGUGGAGUACACUGAAUCCAACGCGCCCCUUUUAAUCCAGGCAGUGUCUACGGUUGAUGAAAAGAGAGGAGCCAAGUCAUGGUCCAAUAUCAUGGAGAUCCUGGAGGAGAAGGAUGGCGUUGAUACCGAACUGCUGGUUUAUGCGAUGACCUUGGUUAAUAAGACGCUGUCGGGGUUGCCAGAUCAAGACUCUUUCUACGACGUCGUGGACUGUCUGGAAGAGCUAGGCAUCGAAGCUAUUUCACAGAGACACUUGAACAAGAAAGGAACAGACUUGGACUUAGUUGAGCAGUUUAACAUUUAUGAGAUGACACUGAGACACGAGGAUGGAGAUGAAACUGCUGACCCUCCUCCCAGCGGGCGCAAGGACAGAAGGAGGGCCAGUCUCGGUGCUAGUGAGCGAAGGGGACUGGAGCGCAGGCGGAGCCGGAGACACUCGGUACAGAAUGUCAAAAGCACUUUAUCAGCCCCUGCGAGUCCGUGCAGUCAGUCGAACCCUGCCUUCAUGCUAGGCCACGGACAGUGCAUCGAAGACCUUAGGGAGGAAGAGUCUGAAGAGGAGGAAGAAGAACAGCCAGUUACAGAGCCUAAUACUGAGGAUGAGAGGGAGGAAGAGGCCAGUAGGCAGGUCGAAGCCAGUGCAAUUUCUCAAGCUGAGAGGCCUCUGCCCUGCUCGAGAGCAAAGAGCUCUUCCAGCAGCUCCUCUUCUGUGCCUGAUUCAUCUGUCUCCCAUCAUAAUUCUGUUCAUUCAUCACCAUCCUCACCUGCGGCAGUGUUGCUUAACUCUUCCCAAAAUUCAACAGCAUCCAUUACUCCAAAGGCAUCUCCAACGGUAGAGAAAUUACCUUAUGUACCACAUACUCCUUUUCACCUCUUCUCGUAUGACUUUGAAGAGUCUCCAGCAUCUGUGAAAGAAAAGGAAGCAGAGGUGAUGAGGGAAAACAGUCCUUCUGAAUUUCUACAUGUGAACAAAUAUUUUGAUUCCUUUGAUCCUUUUAAUUUUUGAUCUUUCUCUUCUAAUAGGUACAAUAGCUAUGGCAGCAGCUCUUACUCUUCUUCGCGACCUUACUCUGGACUGAGUGCCCCUACGACACCCACUUCUCGUUAUGGGAGCACUCUGUCACCGCCUCAGGAGACCAAAUCAGACAGGCCAGCUUUAGGUGGUCUCCUUACAUCAUCUUUUCGGCAGCACCAAGAGUCCUUGGCAGCAGAAAGAGAAAGACGGCGUCAGGAGAGAGAAGAAAGAUUGCAAAGGAUAGAACGUGAAGAAAGAAACAAAUUCAACCGUGAUUAUUUAGACAAAAGAGAAGAACUAAGACAAGCAAGAGAAGAGAGAUACAAAUACUUGGAGAGGUUGGCAGCUGAGGAGUAUGAGAAGGAGCUGAAAAGUCGGAGCGUAAACCGAGGCAGAAGUGAGCUGUCCUUGAACCUGAGAUCUCCUUCAGCGCCAUCCUCGCCUGUACCCAAGUGCAUCAGCCCAGCAUCUGUUGAGUCCCAGGAAGAGCUGAAGACCCCUUCCACCCCCUGUGGGACUCCUCAGCCCUCAGAAGUGAGUGCCAGUGAACCUGAACCCGAAGCAGAGACAGAGACAGAACCAGAACAGGAGGCUGAGGCAGAGGCCGAGCAGGGAGCGGAGACACCCAAGCAAGUAGAGGCUACAGAGGUGGGACCUGAGAGUGAGGUGGAGCAAGGACCAGAGAGAGAGCCAGAAGAAAGUGCAAUACUCAGUGAAAAAGAGAGGCAGAAUGAGGAAGUGAAUGAAAAAGACAACUGCUCUGCAUCCAGCAUAUCCUCAGCAAGCAGCACUUUAGAGAGGGAAGAGAGAGAGGACAAGUUAACCAGUGACAAUGAAACUGACUGGAGAAGUAAUCUUCUUGUUCUUUUCUCAUUUAUCAAGAAAACUGCUGCAGACGGGAAACGGCAGGAGAUCAUUGUGUUGGACUCGAAACGAAGCAAUGCUAUUAACAUUGGCUUGACUGUGUUGCCCCCUCCACGGACUAUCAAGACUGCUAUUUUGAACUUUGACGAAUAUGCCUUAAAUAAGGAAGGAAUAGAGAAAAUUCUGACCAUGAUCCCAACCGAGGAGGAGAAACAAAAGAUCCAGGAGGCCCAGAUGGCCAACCCGGACGUCCCCCUGGGCAGCGCGGAGCAGUUCCUCCUCACCCUCUCCUCCAUCAGCGAGCUCUCGGCCAGGCUCCAGCUCUGGGCUUUCAAAAUGGACUACGAGAUAGUGGAAAAGGAAGUUGCAGAGCCACUUUUAGACCUGAAGGAAGGAAUGGACCAGCUGGAGCAUAACAAAACCUUGGGAUUUAUCCUUUCUACUCUCCUAGCCAUUGGGAACUUUCUAAAUGGAACCAAUGCCAAAGCUUUUGAGUUGAGCUACCUCGAGAAGGUUCCAGAAGUCAAGGACACGGUGCACAAGCAGUCCCUCCUGCACCACGUCUGCACUAUGGUGGUGGAGAAGUUCCCAGACAGCACCGAUCUUUAUUCAGAGAUUGGGGCCAUCACUAGGUCAGCCAAGGUUGACUUUGAACAACUCCAGGAAAACUUGUGUCAGAUGGAAAGACGGUGCAAAGCAUCAUGGGAUCACCUUAAGGCUAUAGCAAAGCAUGAAAUGAGGCCAACUCUAAAGCAAAAAAUGUCUGAGUUCCUUAAGGACUGUGCAGAAAGAAUUAUAAUCCUGAAGAUUGUUCAUAGAAGAAUAAUUAACAGGUUUCACUCAUUUUUGUUAUUUAUGGGCCAUCCUCCGUAUGCAAUACGUGAAGUCAACAUCAAUAAGUUUUGCAAAAUUAUUAGUGAAUUCGCUCUGGAAUACCGCACCACCAGGGAACGAGUUUUGCAGCAAAAACAGAAACGAGCUAACCACAGGGAAAGAAACAAGACCAGAGGGAAAAUGAUCACAGAUACUGAUGAAGAGGAGGAUGCUGAGACUGGCAAGUUCUGCAGCAGCUCGCCGCCGUCCCAGAGCCAGCCGCAGGGGCUGCAGUACGCCGAGGACGCGGCCGAGCACGAGCACAUGAAGGCAGUGCUGAAGACCUCCUCCGUCGGCGGGGAGAGCACCGCCGCGCUGGGCGUUCGCACGCGGAGCAGAGCCAGCCGAGGCCGUGUUGGUUCAUGGAACGCUGGCAAUGAUGAUUCACCUAAUGCAACGGAUGAUGCAGCGGACGAGAUCAUGGAUCGCAUUGUAAAGUCCGCCACCCAAGUGCCAAGCCAGCGAGCGGUGCCUAGAGAGAGGAAGCGGUCACGAGCAAACAGGAAGUCAUUAAGAAGGACGCUAAAGAGUGGACUGACACCGGAAGAAGCCAAAGCACUGGGCCUGAUCAGCACCUCUGAGAUGCAGGUUUGAUGUCCCGGAGGUGGCGAUGAGAAGAGCCGUCAUCUGUACCACUCAGGCUGACAGUCAUUCGGUGCGGCGUUGUCCUGCCAGCCUCGUCUGCUGCUCCCAAUGUCCCGUCCUCUGUUAGUUCAUUUUUAAUAAGAAACAAAAAGAGAAAACCCACAACCAGGGCAGAAGAAGGGUGUGGCACAGCUAGGCACUACAUCUGACAGUAACGAAGAAAGCGUUUGGGUGCUCGUAGGUGAAAGCUUAUGGCUUCUUCUCUCACGAUGUGUUGAUGUGGGUACGAGGGAGCUCUCUCUGAGUUAUCUUUCAUUGUGAGCUGUGUUUAUUAUGUUGGCUUUCCUUGUGCCCUGUUUUAGUCAUUGUUAAAGUAUGGCAUUUUGUCAAUGCAAGGAACAGUCCUUAAAGAGGCAGAAUAAUUCCUGUUGCAACUACCCCAAUCUUUGUGAAGUAGAUUAAUUAAGCAAAAGUGCACAGUCUGGGCAACCCUCUUUUUUUUUUUUUUUUUUUUCAAAUUUUUCCACCAAAGAAUGUAAAAAUGUAUGUGUACCUUUGUAUAUGUACAGAAUGAAUGUGUGGAUACGUGCACGUGUAUCUAUAUGCGUAUAGUUGUGGUGUGAAAUCAUGUUCUGCUGAAGUUAAUGGGACAGUGAUUUUCACCCAGGGGCCUUAGCGUUCCACCUGGACAGGAAGACAAAAUGUCUUUUGGUAGGAACUCAGUGUUAGUCAAUGGAGUUCAGCCUGUGGGGCAGCAGAUGGCCUGCAAUACAAGUGAAAAGUUUAGGAUCCUGAGUUCGUGUGUAUUAAUGCACACUCAUACUGUACAUAGCACCACGCACACAGAGAGAGGACACAGAGUGCCUCCCUCUUGUUGAGCUCUGGGUAUGCUGUGCAUUUGUGCAGUUUCAAAGAAAUCUAUGCCAACAAUUUACACACUAGAUAAAUACAUUCAGAUGUUAAGAUCAAGAAGUUUUGUUCACUUGCCUAUGCCCUUCAUGCUGCUUUUCUCUGCUGCAAGAUAACGUGGUGGUGAUUUUAUUUCAGUUUUUUUUUUUAAUUUGAUCUGAAUAUGAAACAGCCCUGCUAAAAGCCUGCUGUGUUUUGCUGUUCUGUACUCUUUUUUGUGAUUAUCCUUGAUGUAAGGAGAGAGAGUACCACAGUGAACACGCCAAUAUGUUUGCCCUUAUCUCAUUGUUUUAUAAGUAACUUUUAUAACCGUCUUCAGCAUGUAUUUGAAGAACCUUUGCUCAACUUAUUUGCCUUUAAGUGGAGGACAUUCACAUCCGUGGAGGUGAAUCGAACACAGUCAUCCUAUCCAAUGCUGAAGCAUUUGAAGAAAACUGCAAAGUAACAGUAAUGUAAAAGGGAACUUUCUGAACCAAAGCCUGUAUGUGACCGAUUGAUUGAUUGACAAGAUGCCAUUGCCUUAGCCUCUAAGACUAAGUGUAUGGCUGCAUAGCAGUCAUAGCUGAGGCUUCCUUCAGACUUGUUAACAGGGGAACCGCAGCAGUUUAGUCAUGGCAACAUAGGGUUCAAUUUUAGCUGCAAAAUACACGUGAAAAAUAGGGGUAAUUAGUCUAUUCUGGACUCCUAAUGUCAUAGCUGUGUUGCUUCUGGCAGCCAAGCGAGGUCAGGUAUGUCCACAAGUUAUCCUUGUUACUCUGCUCCCCUUACGGACAGGAUAAUCUUUGAAGAUUGUUCAGGAUAGCGGCACCAAACAGGAUAAACCUUUGAAACCUUGGUCAUCCAUUACAUGACAUUGAACACAGCAUCCAAGAGAUUAGAAAACCAGGUAGCUGGCAACACUGCAAUGAGAUACGUGGUGAAAAAUUUUAUCUAUGCUAUCUCCCCUCCUGAUCGUAACAUUUCAUUCUAUGUACCAUUGCCUUGGAUCUUCAAAUGUCAAGUCUGUAGGGUAAAAAGUCACUAUAAUGAAUACAGGUUCUUCAAAGAGGGCAUCGAGUUGAUGUGUUUUUCCCCUCAGUUUGUUAAAAAGACGAUUUUAUAAGCAGAUAGAAGGCGAUAGUUGUGUAAUUAAUGAAAAGUAUUGUGCAUUUGAAAGCUAUGAAAACAGAAAGCUGGUCAGGAAACCGAAAGAAGUGGCACAUAAUUAAUCUCACUGUAAAAUAAACAAAACCUAAUAGCACCUGGAUUUUAAAGUGAAUCUUUAUGUGCUGCUCACCUCUAUGAACUUUUAAAAUCUUUUUUAGGGAUGCUUAGAACAAAGAGAUGAAGGUAAUGGGGGUUUGUGGAGGUCCUGAGGUCUGAAACAAGAGGAAGAGACCCGAAUGUAAUGGCUAUGUUGAACUGUUAUACCUGUGUGAUAAAAGUGAUAAAAGAAGCCCAAAUGCAACAAAAUGCAUUUACAUUGACAGAGGUCCAAUAUUUGAUUGGAGGGAGAAAAUUAUGUAUGUUUUUAAAGUUGUAUAUUUUCAUUUAAAUAUGCUGAAUGUGAAAAGUAGUUUGCUGUUGGUGACCGCUUGCUAACAGGAAACAAGUGCGUUUCGUUUAGACAUAAUACAUCACCUGUGUCUGAAUGUCAGCCCUUACGGUAUGGAAGUAACAUAUUUGGUAAAUUAUUAAUUGUUGGACUUAUGUAUUUUGCAGGAAUUGGGCAGAAAUUGUACAAAACUUUAUAAAACAUACACUUUAUUUUGCAGGAAAUUAAAUAUGGAGAAGGGGAUUAGAAUAAAUUCAGGAGAGGAAAAAAAAAAAAAAAAAAGCAGAUUCCAGUCAGAUUCCCUGGCUGCAAGCGUAUUACGCCUGAAACAUAUUUUUCCUUGUCCACAAUUCCACCAUAUGUGUUUUUCUGUGUUUUUGCCUAAGCUUUUGCUCUACACCUGUAAAAUUGGUAUUAAUUUUCCUGAAGGAUAAGUUGGUCUUGUUUAUGCAGUAGUAUACAGUACAAUCAAUUCCAAUGUCCCCAAUGUUUACUGCAGCAAGAUGGCCCAAAACAGUAAGAAUGCAAUAGCUACAGAAAAGAUUUCUAUUUCAGUUCAUAAUAAAAAGGGCUAAUGAUCCAAUAUGCCAAUAUUUAAGGCAGCAUUAUGUCCUUCUGAGUCUGCCAGAAUGUCCUGACUGUGGAGAUAAUUUUGUUCCCCUUUAUCUAAGCAGUAGAUUCCAGGUGAAGUGGAGGAGUUGGUUAUAUUUGCAUACAUUUGUUUGUCUACUCAUGUUGUAAGCUUCAGAGUUUUGAGUUGCUGCCUGCCUCUUCUUCAUCAAAAGAUCUCAUCGUAAGUGUAGGUUGUUCUAAAAUGUGUGCGAUAAAGAUUGUUUUUGUGACAGAUAUGAGAGUCUUGGAAACAUGAUGUAGUGACAAACGUUCCCAUUUCUCUUUUAGGGUUCUGCUACUAUGGCUAUUUUUAAAUGCAUACAGCCAUAAUAACUACCUCUCUUAUCUUUUUCACAGUACCAGUCAGCUGCAAAUGUAGUCCCCAGAGUUUCUCCAGCAAGGUCUCAGAGUCACUGCUGGUGUUCAUUUUAGCACCCAUCUGCUGCCAAUAACUUGUCUGUCUAUCCAUCAUCAUAAAACCUUCCCGAUUUGGAUGUUGAGGUAAACUUUAGCAUAUGAAAUGGCCACCAAAGGGAAGCUAUCCUAAUUUCCUUUCCUCUCCUUUGGUCUAAAAGGAGACUGCACAUACUUUGUAUUCCCUUAUUCCCAGCUGAGGGAUAAGUUUCAGUAGCAGUUAUGGGGCUGGGGCGAAGAAAUACCCCCAAGGAAUGCUGUGUGCCACAAUCCAGAAUGAAAGAUCCCCUCACAAAAAUUAAAUUCAUCACUCUUCACCUUUUAGUAAGCCCAGGCACCAGACUUAUGGAUUCCAGAUGUUUUAUAGCCUGCUGGCUGCUACGUGUGACCCUUCUGUUUGAUAUAUCCUUAUCCAUAACCCCAAAUCAGCAAAAAAGAUGUUUUAAUGAGGGUCUUUCUUGUUCUGAUUAGUAUUUGAAACAUCAUCAAAAGCAGUUUUCAAAAUAAGUUUCUUUUUCUCUGUAACCCUCCUUUAUUGUAAAUCUUAGUACUAAUUGACUCUGUCAGCAAAAAAGGCAAUCAGGUAUGCAAGUGGACAAGACUUUGGUUUUCUCUUUAUAAAAAGUCACACGUGAAUAUCUGGAUACGAGUUGAUGCCCCAAUUUAACAGAAAUUCAGAGUCAGAGUCUUGGUCUGACUGGUCAGAUCUCCCUCAAGGUACUUGGUGCAUGGCAGGACCGAGCCUUCAAUCCCCAGGGUGCUGUGCUGUGACCAUACCCGGGAGGAUGAGGCACAAGUCAGGAAUGCAGCAAAUGCAGCCGAUGGAAAUGGCGCGCUGCCAGCGUAGUUCCAGGAAACAACUCUUUUGUUGGGUGUCCGCUUUACACUGACAUGGCCUGUCGUGUAACAAAAACAAGUGUCUUUAUCCAAAAUCCUUCAGAACCAAUUGGACUCAUGAUGCUCGUCUGCAUUCAGAUGCGUAUGUGUAUAUGCUUCGUGGUUCUACAAUGCCUUGAUUUUAAUGGGAUGACCUGGGGUAAAGAUGGUAGCUUACCAGUUUCACAUCCCUCAUCCUCCUAUUACAACUUAUAUGCAGACGUACACUUUGCCUACCUUUAACUAAAGGAUGUGCAAGCUUGCAGAGUCAGACAGAGCCACAAGCACCAUUCCUGUCUCUCUUUUUCACUUAUGUUGUGUGUGCAUAUGUAGGCAUAGCACUUGACCCUGUGCAGUAUUGAGAUGGCUCUGGUUUUCCACAUCUGGAUACCAGAAACAGCAUCUAAGGACUAUGUCUGCUGAUGUUUCUCUGCAGGAAAAACUGCCAGGUACUCGCAGGCUCUGAAGAAAAAAAAAAAAGAAAAUAAAACUGGAUCAUUGUCAUAUGAGAAAAUGUUUGAUUAUUGGACACUGUUGAAAAUGAUUUGCAAAUACUUGAACACUAUGUAAGGCCUACCUUUUUUUUUUUUUUUUGUUUGGGGCAGCAACUGGCUAAAUUGGCAUUUCAGAUGCAAUAUCAAGAGGUUUUUGGCAAGCAAUUUAAUAGUUGCAUAGCAAGUAAUUCAAGGAGUUUUGGAGAUGUUUUAUAGUUUUAUGUUUACGCAAAAAAAUAUUUCUAAUUAGUCCAUUUCACAUUGAGUGGCAGAUAGAGAUAUAUUUUGUUUAAUCACUAUCUAACACAGAGGCUUCUUUGAAAGAAAAAGUUUAUGUGUAGCAUUGGGUGCAUUUCUCCUUUUUAAAGACUGUCUUUGCGCGUAUAGUGUCCUUUUUUGUGAGCUGGGAAUUGUAAAAAAAUGUAAAGUAGAAAAGGACGUGUUUCUUAGACGAAGGAGAAAUACUGUAAAAUUGUGUAAAUGUCACUACUCAUGUUUUUUUGUGUUACGUGUAGCAUAGUGUAAAAUAGGCUUUCCAGCAGUGUUAUUCUGUGAAUUGUAAUUUAAAAAACAAGCCAUGCAUGGUCAGAGAUAUUACCUACAGGUCCUUUUGUUUGGUUGAGUUUUUAUUUUUGUUGUUUUCUCAUCUUAGGUAAAUUUGUUUUAUGUUAAAUUUAAUUGUCCAUGAAACUGCAGUUUUGUUUCUCAGUUUUAUUUGAUAAAGAACUUGAAUUACUGUUUAAGGUUUUACUACACAGAAAGCUCACCUACAAUUUGUAUCCAUCCUUCAGAAGCUUUGUCACGUUAAGUGUAAACCAGGGGGAUUUGCUUUUUAAUGCAGCCCUCCUCUGCCUCUUCUCCCUACGCUCUACUCACUUGACUAUGUGGAAAGAUGCAUUCACGUUUUUGUUUUUGUUUUUUUUUCUGUGCCAUGCGAGGUCAACACGGGAAACUGGCCGCAGACCUGUGUCCAAAAUUUCUUGAUAUAAGUAGUUAAAAGCUCACCUCUACAGCAUUAUGUAAACACAUCUUGCAAUAAAGCUUUAUAAAG